ACUUCAGGUCUGAGCAGAAGAACUUCCUGAAUAUUUCACGCUUCUGGUUUCUUCUAGCAGAUCGACUUUUUAUCUACAGGAUGCCCCUGGGUGGAGGGAAACGGUGCGGCUGCUGUCAGAAGACGGUUUAUCUGGCGGAGGAAGUUCAGUGUGGAGGACAGACUUACCACAAGUCCUGCUUCCUCUGCCUGGUUUGCCGGAAGAAUCUGGACAGCACCACCGUGGCCCUUCAUGAAAACGAGCUCUACUGCAAAUCCUGCUACGCCAAGAAAUACGGACCCAAGGGCUACGGCUACGGCGUGGGCGCCGGAACGCUGAGCAUGGACCGAGGAGAGGCGCUGGGGAUCCAACAGGAGGCAGCUCAGUCCCACCAGCCCACCAACAACCCCAACACGUCCAGACUGGCGCAGAAAUUCGGCGGCUCCGAUAAAUGCCCGCGCUGCGGUAAGGCCGUGUACGCCGCCGAGAAGAUCAUCGGAGCGGGAAGCUCGUGGCAUAAAAGCUGCUUCCGCUGCGCUAAAUGUGGAAAAGGUCUAGAGUCCACCACGCUGUCCGACAAAGACGGAGAGAUUUACUGCAAAGGUUGCUAUGCUAAAAACUUCGGUCCGAAGGGAUUCGGAUACGGACAGGGAGCUGGAGCGCUCACACACGCUCAGUAGAGCCGCGCGGCCCAAGAAAGAGUUAGCAAACGUUAUACUAGCGUAAAGUAAUCACACGUACAGGAUACGUCAACAUACGCACGGCUACGUACUCGCCGGGGUAACGGAAUCAGAAACUAUUUCAACAAGGAGCCGAUCAG